AUGGACUGGCUCAAGAAGAAGAAGGACAAGGCCAAGCAGGCGGCGGCCAAGAUCUCCAACAAACGUACGACCUUUCAAGGAGAGGGAAAUGUGCUUGGUGGCACCUCUGAAGACUCAUCUCCACCGUCUCUUGCUGCUGCGUCUCGAGGCUCGUCCAUUAAGCUGCCUUUUACGAGCAAUAAACCUCGUGCUUUAUCAGAGGAGGAACAGCAGAAGCGACGGGAGCUGCAGGCAAAGGCUCUGGAGCAGCGUGGUAAUGCGUGGGACAAACGUGUGGCAACUGCACGUAAAGCGAGGAUGCAGCAAGAGGGAGAAGAGGAGAGGAAGUUUCAGUACAUGGAGCCAACCGCUGCAGAGCCUAGUUCUCUUGAGCCACCCGUGGUGCUCUCGAAUGAAGCAGUCAAGGCCAGGGAGCUGCAGAGCGCUCAGACGCAAAUGGGCUUUAAUCCAUACGCAGCGACGUUUUCAUCUUCGACGCAGGCGAUCUCUGCCAUGCAUGCGAUCGGUAACGAUUCGAAUGUUCCGCCGUCUGCGACUGGGCACAUCACUCAUUCGCCCUUUGGCGAGAUCCCUCAUGUUGCAGCACCUGGUACUGUCUUAAUGAGCUCAGAUGCUGGCGAGAAUGCUGCAGUGUAUGUGCUGCUUAGACAAGACCCAUCACGUGCUAUCACGGCGGCAGAAACACUGAUCAAGAUGUUAAGCAACGUCAUCAAGAACCCACAGGACGAGAAGUUUCGCAAGAUCCGGCUUGCGAACGCGGUUAUUCAGUCCAAGCUCGUGGCUGUGUCCGGAGCUAUUGACGUCUUAGUAGAAGCUGGGUUUUCGAGGGUCACCUUAGAUGGUGAUGCCUAUUUAAUGCUGGCUAUUGAUGCUUUCCGGGCUGAGCGAGUGCAGUCUGCCAUUGACCGCGUGGAAGUGGCGCUCAUUCAGCUCCAGCAUGAUUUUGCGUAG